AUGACAGCAUUAGAACCAGUUUCCAACCUAGAAGACCCCUUCGAUGAAGAUGCCAACUGGCAGGCCGGUUCAUCCUACAACUACUUCAGCGACCUCGAAACAGCGGAUGAGUAUCAUCGCAUUGCCACCAGACUGGCCAACAACGACAAACGGCAGUCCAUAUACGGUGCUUCUUCUCUUACACGAUCACGCACCUCGCUCAGUCGACGCCUCAGUGUUGGGGCAAGAUCCCUCUUUACGCGAAGGAAAGACUCGGCUUUGUCCACGAGCUCUAGCCGAGCAUCUCUGACGGCCGCCAAUUAUCCUACAAAGGGGCCAUACUCACCUUCAAUACCUCCUUCAUCAGAAACUGGGAGCGUUGUUUCUCCGCCACGCAGUACCUUUGAAAUCGAUGAUGAAGAUGAGCUUUAUGCAGAUGAUGGCGGUAUGAGGGAAGUUGUCAAGGAUAUCUUUGCGCGAAGCGAGAAGCGCAACUCGAUAGAACUGGGCAUGCCUCGUUCUAUACCGCACUGUCCAAAGAAGUCACCAGAACACAAGUCUUUUUCAAGAACAGGAGUGCAGGUCAAGGACCUGAUCUCAAAUGCACGUGAUGGAGCGAGGUUGAUUCAAACAAGAGGUGAGAGGAGAAGAAAUCAGCUCAGAACUCAAAUCAAGAUGAUUCCAGAGGAAGAGGUUGGGCGUUGA